AUGCUUGAAGUUGACUGCUCCAUUCUUACCCCUGAACCUGUUUUGAAAGCUUCUGGACAUGUGGAAAGGUUUGCUGAUCUUAUGACUAAGGAUGUGAAAUCUGGUGAAUGCUUCCGUUUAGACCAUCUUAUUAAAGCUCAUUUGGAAAAAAUAAAAAGUGAAAAAAAUACAAAACUUGAACUUAAAGCUGAAAUUGAAGAUAUCCUGAUUAAGUUAGAUGGAAUGAAUGCAGAUGAAAUGUCAGCUCUAAUGAAGAGAUUUGAUAUGAAGUCUCCCAUAAGUGGAAAUGAACUCACUCCACCCAUUGAGUUUAACCUGAUGUUUAACACACAAAUUGGGCCUUCAGGCUUAGUGAAAGGCUUCCUGAGACCAGAAACAGCUCAAGGCAUUUUUGUCAAUUUUAAACGGCUUUUAGAAUUUAAUCAAGGACGCUUACCAUUUGCAGCUGCCCAGAUUGGUAACUCAUUUAGAAAUGAAAUCUCACCACGCUCUGGGCUACUUAGAGUAAGGGAAUUUACUAUGUGUGAGAUUGAGCACUUCUGCGAUUGUAAAGACCAUCCAAAGUUUGAGUCAGUGAAAGAUACCAGUAUGCUGCUAUAUUCUGCUGACAGUCAGGAACAGGGAAGACCAGCAGAAAUUAUGACAAUUGGGGAUGCUGUAGCUAAAAAAAUUGUCAACAAUGAAACUUUAGGUUAUUUCAUGGCCAGAAUCCAUUUGUACAUGUUAGCCGUAGGAAUUGAUCCUAAAAAGCUUAGGUUCCGCCAACAUAUGGGCAAUGAAAUGGCUCACUAUGCAUGUGAUUGUUGGGAUGCUGAAUGUCUUACUAGUUACGGCUGGGUAGAAUGUGUCGGCUGUGCUGAUAGGUCGGCAUAUGACCUCACCCAACACACCAAAGCCACUGGGAUAAGACUUGCAGCUGAGAAAAAACUACCAGCUCCUAAACAGAUUGAAAUAAUAGAAGCUGUGCCAAACAAAGCUGCAAUUGGAAAAGAAUUCAAGAAGGAUGCUAAAGUUAUCAAUGAUGCAUUAGCAGCAUUGGAACCUACAACUUUAGAAGAAUUACAUAACAAACUAGAGAGUGAUGGAGAAUAUAAUCUUGACACUACCAAUGGAAACUUCAAACUUACUCCAAAUCUUGUUUGUGUCAAGAAAAGUCAAAAGACAGUGCAUGUUGAAGAAAUAAUACCAAGUGUUAUUGAGCCAUCAUUUGGUAUUGGCAGGAUUCUAUACACAAUCUUGGAGCAUAACUUUAAAAUGAGAGAAGGUGAUGAACAAAGAACAUAUUUCUCAUUACCACCAGCAGUAGCCCCAAUGAAAUGUGCUGUUCUCCCUCUGAGUGGCAAUGCUGAAUUUCAACCAUUUGUUAAAGAAUUAUCAAAAGAGUUAAUAUCUGUUGAUGUAUCACAUAAAGUAGAUGACUCUUCUGGAUCUAUUGGACGCAGGUAUGCCAGAACAGAUGAAUUGGGUGUCCCAUAUGCUAUAACUGUAGACUUUGAUACUAUGAAGGAGCCCCAUUCUGUAACAUUGAGGGAAAGAGAUAGUAUGGGACAAGUGCGUCUACCCUUAUCUGAUGUUCCAGCAGUUGUGAGGGAUCUAGCCAAUGCAAAGAUAUCUUGGGUUGAUGUAGAAGCCAAAUAUCCUAAAUUUGAACAACAAGAAAACGUGAAAGGCGCUGCCGCG